UCCAAGACUACAGCGCUCCUCCACAGCCUCCUGUGAAGCCAUGGUGUCCACUCGUCCCCUCCUGCUCUUGGUCCUCUGCAGCCUGACUCUCACUGAAGCUCGGUUCAGGCUGUUUAACAUGCGGGCCAGCGAGCUUUCCGCCAACAUCCUGGGAACCCCAGACGGCUACGUCAAAGUCUUCUGCGGCUCCGCCAAUCUUGGUGAAACAUCUGUCAGCAGGAACGAGAAGAACCCCUGGUGGAAGGAGGAGUUCACCACUUACAACGGCCAGGAGAAUGACCUGCUGAGGAUGGAGGUCUUCGACAAAGACUUUCUCAAAGACGAACUGCUGGGAGUCUGCCAGCGUCAGAUUAAACUGGGAACACAUAAGCAUGACUGCUUCCUGGAGGAAGGGGGCACCCUCCAUUAUACCUACACACUCGACUGAUGAGGCAGCUAUAACUGACCUUAAGUCAUCACAUAUAGCCUACAAUUCACUCAGACUGGCUCUGAGGACUGUUUUCAUCCUAAUGGUUCCAAAUCUUUGAUGACUCAUUACCUCAACCAAUAAAAAUCUCGGUUGUAACACUGUCAUUACGUUUCUUCGAUCGUCAAAAAGAAAUAAAGUGUGAUGGAACAACCAAA